AGUUUAGAGCUGCAAGGAAAAUUCCCUGCAACUUCAAACUUGAUGUAGGGACACACACCAUUAACUAUUCCGGACCCAAACUGAAUUGGGUACCAAAAUCUUCCUCCUCCUAAUGCAGGAAGCCGCUAAGUACCCAGGUGUCUGGUACUUAGACAGUGGCUGUUCAAGACACAUGACGGGUGAUGCGAGCCUUUUGAGCAAUCUAAUUCCCUAUGAUGGUCCAAGAGUUACUUUUGGAGGAAGCAACGAUUUUGGCCUUACUAAAGGGCUAGGAAAUCUGGUGUACAAGGGACUAACCAUCCAAGCUGUAUCUUAUGUUGAAGUACUCAAUUAUAACCUUUUUAGCAUAAGUCAGUUUUGUGACAAAGGUUACUCCUUGGAAUUCUGCAAGGACAUGGCAUUUCUCAAGAACAUCUCCACAAAUGAAGUCAUUCUCACUGGGAAGAGAAUCAGAAACAUCUAUAAAGUGAUAUGGAACGAUGUCAAGGAAGCAUGUCUAAUCAGCAAAGCGAAGAAAGCUGAUCUGAACAACGACUACAAGAUAGUCCUUGAACUGGUCAUCGCAUGCCUCGAGUGUGGAAGUGGAGGACAUGCUGAUGACAUCACCCAAGAGAGGGCCUUCAUCAUCAAUGCCCUCAUUACCAAGUCUAAGGUAAAUUGGGCUGCACAUUUCUUCAAUUUCAUCUCAAAGCAUCUGGGAAAACCCAACCAGAAAUACCUUUGUCAAGGUCUGUAUAUUGGACAUAUCUUGGAGUCCUUGGGUGCUGCUUCUGAAGGAAAGAAGUAUGAAGCCAGAUAUUGGCUAUACUACCUGUCUUCCAAAGGGGAAAACAGAGCUCGUGCUAGCACAACUGCAGAGGAAAGUUCUUCAGACAAUGUCCUUAUCAUGAGUCUGAACAAGUCAGUAAAGAGGAAGCAAGUGGUGUCUCCCUCUCCCAAUGCUGAAGCACCAGAGAAUCUUGCUCUGAUCAAUCUUGAAGAAGAAGAAGAAAUCUCUGCCCAAGGAGAACUACAAAGGAAAAAGAAGAGGAAAAUCACCUCUCCCUCAACAUCUGGAAAUGUCAACCCGGAUGAGUUGAAGGAGAAGGAACCAGUUGAGGAAAACUCUGCCCACAACCAGAGCCCUCAACAACCUGAUGAAGAAAUUCCUCAAGUUCAGAAUUCUCCAACUUCCUCACAACCUCAAAUUGAUGACGCUGAGAAUCAAUUCUGGCAGCUCUACUAUGACUGGAGAGCUUGGAAAGUUGGAAAUUCAGCAGAACAGUUGUUGAGUUGGGACCAGCAACUGAAGAAUGAGAAGAUCAUCAAGAAAUGCUUAGGUCUGCCAGUCAACUAUUGCUGUGAGCAAAUCCUGGAUGUUGACUGGGUAUGGCAAAGGAACUAUGAAGAUUUGCAUCUGGAACACUUGGUCACCUCACCAGUUUCAGAAUUUGAGGCUGACGAUGAGGAUCCUGCAGUCUACAGGCCAAUCUUCUCAAAGGCUACAAAAGAUCAGGUGUCUCCUACCACUAAAGCACAAGCAGAUAUGGAAGCCACAGCUGAGGAUUUCCAAAUUUUCCUGGAAACCUCCCCUGCCAUUGAAACGGUUCUGACUGAAGCUGACCAGGAGAAUGCAGCCUCUACUCCACAAGAACAGAACCAAGAAGCAUCAGAAGAAGAACUCCAGCAACUUCUCUAUUCUCAAGCUUUAGAGAUUCUCACAACUCCUUGUGAGAUCACCAAUCCUACUGAAACUGAGAUUCCGGAGAAGUCAUCAGAAAAUCAGGAGAUGUCCAAACCUCCAGAAGCAAAUGAAGUUCAAGAAGAGCAAGCUGUAGAAGCCCAGAGGAGUUCUGUAGAAGCUGAGAAGGAAACUCAAAUGGCAGAACUGGAGGCCUCCAAAUCUCAUCUUCCGGAUGAGGUACCAAAAACCUGGACAAAGAAGGUCCAAGGGUUGAUUGAAUCAGCCCUAGCAUCUCAACAUGCCUCCUUUAGGCAAGAGAUAGAGCAAAUGGAAGCCAGGUACAACAAACUGAUUGAGAAAUCCGAAGAGACACACUGCUCCAAUCUCAAGGAGAUAAGCAAAUCAGUGGAUAAGACUCUAGAGAUCAUUUCUCUAUUGAGUAACACUGUGAGCAACACGAUGGAGACAUAUGCAUCUGACAGUUAUCUUCAACUCAAGGAGGUUAACAAAAUCAGAGAGAAAAUAGCAAAUGUCACAGUUAGUCUACAAAAACAAAUGUCCCUUCUCCAAAUGGACAUCAGAGCAGCUCUGGCAGUGUCUUUAGCAAAUCAAGUAGUAACCAAAGACUACUUGAAGGUAAUCAUUGACAAUCAGAAGGAAGCACACAAACUAUUCAGACUUCUUACCACAAAUUCUGGAAAUCGCAAGAUGGAAGUAGUUCUUCAACAACACAGUCCAUCCUUGAUUCCAGAGCUCCCUAUUGCAGUCAAAGAAGGAGAAGUCUCUUACAUUCCUACGCAUCUGAACUUGACUGAUCUAAUCCUUGACGCUCAGAGAAGUAAUCCGGAAAACUCAACACAGCACCUAUCCAGCUCAGGAUUGGAUGGAACAGAGGCUGUAGGAACAAUUGCUGCUCACUUCUCAAAUGAUAACCAAACAGAGGAGAGACGCAACAACAUAAAGCACAUCAAAGAACUAUGUGGAAACAUGCAAGGCAUCAGGGAGAUUGCCGGAUCUUCAAAGCGCAAGAAGCACUGAAGGUUUUCUUCAUCAAACCAGGUGGAAAGAUUUGUAUUCCUUGUCUAUUUUGGAAUCAUCCUCUCCUAUAAAUAAAGGAGAAACCCCUUG